UGACUGCCCCUUUAAAUAUAUAUCAGAGAAAUAUUAUUAGAAAAACAUGGGGUCAGAAAUAUGAAAAAAUCAAUAUUGAGUAGUCUUAUAAAUGAAAAUGCUAUGUAUGGAGAUCUUGUACUGUUACCAGACAUUUCAGAUGCUUACAAUAUAAUUAGCCAGAAACUACUUGAUAUGAUUAAAUGGUCCUAUGAUAAUAUUGAAUUUAAUUAUUUUAUUAAAGUUGAUGAUGAUUCAUUUGUUAAAUUAGAUAUUUUAGCUAAUGAUUUGAUCUCAAAAUAUCAUAAUAAAAAUAUAUAUAUGGGAUAUUUUGUUGGCAAUGCAAAAGUCUAUAAAUCAGGUAAAUGGGCUGAAAAUUCUUGGUUUCUUUGUGAUAGAUAUUUACCUUAUGCUAGAGGAGGUGGUUAUGUUAUAUCAUUUUUUAUUGCUCAAUAUUUAGCAAAUAAUUAUCACUUAUUAAAAGUAUAUAAUAAUGAAGAUACUAGUCUUGGGGUAUGGACAGCCCCUUUAGAUAUUAUUAGAAUUCAUGAUACUCGAUUUAACACAGAAUACAUAUCUCGCGGAUGUUAUGAAGAUUAUGUUAUUAUGCAUAAGCAAAAUGUUGAAGAUAUGCAAAAAAUGUAUGAUAUGUAUAAGAGUUCAGGCAAUAUAUGCGAGAAGGAAUCAGCCACUAUGGAUAUAUAUGAAUAUAAUUGGACAGUUUUGCCAUUUAAUUGUUGUAAAAAGAAACCAAAAUCAAUUCUUUUAUAAAAUUUUAUAUAUAAAAUUAUAUUUUGGUAAUAUAAAACAUACAAUCAUGGUAUUAUACUUUAUUUGCAAUCAUUUCU